AUGGUAUCUUACUCACAAAGACGGGUUUAUUACCUACGAGAGCAAGCCCCUAGGAGAAAUCGGCGCCGACGCUAUAUUGAAAAUUUUGAUACAGAUGGAUCAGAAAUGGCUCUGUUUAUAUGUUCUGGAAUAAUUAUAUUCGCGCUUCUUUUCAAAGAUUCGUAUGUUGAAAAGACUUCUAAAGAUUUCUCAGAUACACUCGUCGUACGUAAUUCUUGUCCAUCAACAUCGGAAAGGCACUUAUCACUGGAAAUCAUUAUUUCUCCUACGAUAUCACAUCUUUCAUGUAUCUACAAUUUCUUGACGCCCAUGCAUCAUGUUUUAGAUACUACUGACAGUAUCCUCAGUAUAAAUUCACCUAUUGAUCUUCAAUUUCCUUAUGAGCUACUCCCGUAUAAUAAUUCCACAAAUGUUUCAAUAAUAGAUUACACGAACCUAAACUUCCUACCUGAUCUUUCUAUUUGGAACGACAGAUCCAUCCUUAUUUUCGCAACACAUCACCUCUAUUUCUCAUCAGAACCCACCUGUCCUGAAGUAUAUGUAUGUGCGAUUCCUAAUAAUGGACACAAUAGUACGACCUGUCACACUGACUUAGGUGAAGUUAGCGGGAGUUGCAAAGAUGAGAUCAGUGAUCCCUAUUUCUUCAUGUUCCCACUUGCUACUGGUCUGAAAGUUUCAGUUAACAAUGUUGGUGAAUAUCCGGGUAUACAUAACAACAGCAUGCAUAUAAUUGUCACCUCUGGUUAUCGUUUACCACCGGGUGUUUUUACCUGUCCAUCGGGCUUUUUUGCUUGUGAUACAUUUGAUAAAAUAAAUGAACGUCGCAACUCUCCCUUGCAAUGGCCUUAUCGUAUUUGUUUACCCAUACGAUUAUGGUGCGAUAAAGUGUUGAAUUGUCCAAUAAGUGGUUCGGAUGAACAAAAUUGUUCAUCUACACCUCCUAUGAGCUUUCCACAUACAAAGUUCCAGAUUGAAAACGAAUAUCGAAUGCUAAAUGAUGUUUUAAAUCAAUUUGAGAAUACAAGUUUAUUAGAAUUUGUUGGCUAUCGGAAAAAAACUUCUGAACAACCGAUUACUAUGCUGCUGUCUGCAUACGUCAACACGUUUUGGUUAUCACUUAUACUAUUGAUUUUGAUAUCUAUUAUAUUUAUUAUAACUAUUUUAUUAUGUGUAUAUAAAUUAUUAAAAUGCAAACGUGAAGCUGGUACAGUGAGAGUUACUGAAGUAAAAGAUUAUCCUACAAACUCUGAAAUCUGUAAUGAUGAUACAUUGAAAAAUAGUUUAAACAAUAAUCAUUAUUCAGAGAAUGCUUUCUCUGACGAUCAAUUAAAUAAGGAAGAAACUUGUAAUGAUGAUUUUCAAAAUAAUAAUAGCAGUAAUGGUAGUGGUAAUAAUGAUUAUCAUAAGUUUUUACCGAGUGAUGUUAAUUACCUGAAUGGUUAUUUGAACUCAAUGGGUAAUCAAGAGAUAGCUCCACUCAUUAAUGUAACAGAAAAACAAUAG